UUGAAGCUACUGCUACAAUCAAGGAGCUAAAGUGGAUUAAAAUUAAGAAAUACUUUUACUAUAUUUUUGAUUUGCAAAUUAAAUGUUGAACAAUAAUAAUUUUAUUACAUUUAAGUCUGAAGAAACUAUAAAGUUAACGUUUAUUUGUUAAUUUCGGUAAGUGAAAUAUUGUGAAAUAUAUAGUUUCUUUUUUUCAGAUACAUAAUGUAGUAAGAGAUAAUAAAUUAUGAAUUAUGAUAACUAAUGAAUUUUUAAAGAUAUUUUUUGAAUCAAUGUGAUGGAUCCAAAAUUGGUGGCUAAGGCAUUAAGUUUUCACGGGCAACCUUUGCAAAAAAUUUGGGAAGGAGAGAGGGGUAGCGAUGAGCUUCCUCAAUUAGGACUCUCUAAACCGGAUUAUUCGGUUUAUAUAAAUCGGCAAAGAAAUUUAACUUUUCAGGAUCGCGCAAAACGCUUAAAAUUACAUCAGUUUCUUGCACGUAAAGCGUCGGUUCUUUUUAGUGAAAAUUUAACAGAAAUUAAUAGUUCAGUUAGUACAUCUCGACGAAAGGACAAAAAUUUUAAUGGUGGACUUGCAGUUCUUCCACCUUUUGAAAGUUUUCUUCAUAAAAGUUACGAUAAAACUGAACACCUUCAACAUGUUCUUGGCAAUGUAAAACCAGGUGAUAUUGUUUACGGACAAGUUAUACAUUCAAGCCGAUCAUCUGCUACCGUAAGGGUAAUUUGUACAGGUGAACCAUUAAUUCGUUAUUUAGUCGAUGCACCAAUAAAGGCUUAUCUCUUAGCCCAAAAUAUGAUACCGUUUUAUGAUAAAAAAGGAGCAGUUAAACAACUAUCCACAAAUGAUUUUGUUUGUUGUGAAGUUCUAGAUAUAUCAAUUGAUGCAGAUCGCAUGAAUCUCGGCAUGAAAGGAUCAUUAACAAUAGACGCGAAUGCUCCUCUUGGUAUUAUUUCAGCUGACCAAUUACCAGAAUAUUAUAAACGAUCAAUAGAUAACGUUGAUAGCUCAUUUGGAGAAUUAUUGGAAGAAUCUAAAGCUUUUCUUAAUCCUAGUUAUGAUGAAAUCUUAUUUUCUGAGCUUGGAUUGGAAACUGAAGAAAAUUUUACUCAUAUGACAUACUUUAAAUCUCGUUUUCCUCAACAAGAGUAUGCUACUGAACUAAGGCAGGCUCAAGCUAGUAAAUGGGCAUUUAGAUCAGUAGCUGAGGGAAUAGAACAUUUUAAGGUUGGACGACAUACAGAAGCUUUUCAGUGUUUAAAUAAGGCCUUAAAUAUUGAUCCUAAAAACGUUGAAGGUCUUGUAGCUAGAGGAGCUUUAUACGCAAAUAGUGGAUCGUUUAAUAAAGCUGUUGAGGAUUUUGAAACCGCUUUAAAAUUAUAUCCGUAUCACGCAAAUGCUAGAAAAUAUAUGGGUGAAACUCUUGUAGCUCUUGGAAGAAGCUAUGAGGAUGAAAAUCAGCUUGAUAAAGCCCGUAAAGUAUAUAGCGAUUGUCUAAAAAUUAUACCAAAUCAUGAAGAAGCCAAAAGUUCAUUGGAAUUUUUGAAUACUAAACUUGCAUCAACCUCUGGUGAUUUCAUAAUGUCAGUUGAUACGAAAAUGUUGACCCCAGAUUUGAAAUUAGAUGCAAAAAAAGACAAAAAAGUUAAAAAGAAAAAACAAAAGGAGAAAAGCAAGAAACAUGGAACUUCAACAAGUGGUUCAGAAGAUAGUGAUUCUAGUUCAGCAUCUUCCUCUAAUGAGUCUUCAAGUAAAUCAUCAGCAUCUUCAAAAGCAAAAAAGAAAAGAAAAACUAAAAAUGAAAAAGGUGGAAGACAAAAAUCGUUAUCACCAUUAAGUAAGCGAAUGGCUAAGAUGGAUGAAGAUCACCCUCCAACUGGUACGACAAGAUAUCAAUUCAACAAGCCAUUUCAUUUAUUAAAUGCGGAAGCAGCAGAAAAAGAAUUAGAUUAUAAUGCAAAGGUUCGUAAUUUCUUAGAAAUGACUCAAGAUGAUGAAGAUUAUGAGGCGAGUGUCAGAAAAUUGCUAGCAGACGCUUCAGCUCAUAAGGGUUUGAAUAAACAAAGCGACGGAAACUUUGAAAAGAAAAAGGAAAAGAAGAAAAAGGAGAAAAAACCCAAAAAGGAAAAGAAAAAGAAGAAAGAUAAAAAUAUUAAAAUUGACGGCAUUGACAAUAUGGAUUUAAAAGAAGCUUUAAAAAUAAUAAAAUCAUUACCUUCGUUUGAUGUUGAAGCCAAAUUAGCAAGUGAUUUGCAAAAGUAUGAGAAAACUAUUGAGCAAAUUCAAAAACGUGGAAUACAAUCAUUUAAUGAAAAUAGUUCCCAACCAUCUUUUAUGUCCAUGCCAGGAACAUCUUCCAGUUUCAGUAUGAAAAUCGAUGAAAGGGCAAAACAGCCUGCUGUUUCUGCUUUUUCGCAGGGUCAUAAAAGUCCAUCGCCACCUAAAGAAAUUCCAAAAGUCUCAGCACCGCCUCCAGCACCAAUAAUACAACCUAUUCCUGUGCCUAAACCGGAAAUAAAACCUUUCGCAAUUCGACCACCUAUUGUUUUAGACAAAUUUGGUUGCUUUAGGUUAGCGGAACCUAUAGAAAAUUUCAAUUUAAAUCAACCUAAAAAAUCUCGUUCGCGAUCACGUUCUCGUUCACGUUCGCGUUCCAAUGGCAGGUAUAGAAGAUAUAGAUCAGGAUCAAGAUCUCGUUCAAGAUCUCGGGGACGGUAUCGUGAAUAUCGUCGUUCAAGAUCGCGAUCUCCAAGACGUUGGUCACCGGGUAGACGUCGUUCACCAGUUCGACGUUAUUCACCCAUACGUUCACCCCGGUUUAGAAGACGAUCUCCCUCUGUUUCACCCAGGAGGCGAUCGGUUGAAAGAUUAAGAAGUAGUCCAAUGGCGCGUAGAAGUCGUUCACGUUCUGAAUCGCCAUGGGGUGGUCCUCGUGGAAGUAACUAUAGAGGCGGUUAUAGAGGAAGAUAUGUUAGAAGUCGCCGACCUUUUGGAGGGUAUAGGGGCAGAGCGCCAUUUAGAGGUGGGCCGCGAUCACCUCGUUUUGGUCGGUAUAGUCGUAGUCGUAGUCGAACACGUUCUCGUAGUAGAAGUAUUGAGAGAAAUCGUCGCAGCUCCCCUAAAAGACGUUCGCGCAGCAAAGAUAAUAAGAGAACUGAAGAUCGCUGGGCUCAUGAUAAAUAUGAUGAAAAUGAAACUGAAAAUAAUAAAGAAAAGAACAAUGUAAACGAAGAAAAGCCAAAUACAAAUGCUAGCGAAGAAAAACGUAAUACAAAUCCAAAUGAGGAAUCAGUAGAAGAAAUAGAGAAGGCAAUAAGUGAAGCACAAAAAAAUCGAAAAGAGGAAAUAAUUCAACGGGAUAAAGAUUUAUUAAAAAAAUCAGCUUAAAGAUGGAAUUAAUAAAAAGAAAAGGAAAAUUAAAUUGCUAUUAUAAUAAAUUGUGGUUAUAGAUUUACGAAUUUUAUUAUAAGACUCAAUAUUUUGUCAAGCAAAAAAAAAAAAAAAAUAAUUAUACAUUUAAAUAAAGGAAAUGUAACAUACAUCACAUUUCAAUUUUGUUUUAGGGAAUUUUUAAAAAAUUAAUAUUAUAAUUUUAGUGUGUUCCAUUUCAAGAAACUUGCUGAUACAAAAAAUCUCAAAGAAAAAAUUUAAGAUAACGAAACUUAGCCUUUAAAGGAUCACUACAAAAGUAAUAAAAAAUAAAUAAAUAAUACAACAUGUAUUUUGCACUAUUGAAAUAAAAUUUAUUGAUAAUC